CUAUAUCUGAACCAGCAAUAUCUAGAAGCAACAUAGUUUGUGACGUGAGAGCUUAUCUUCGAUUAAUUUACGUUUUAAAGUUUAAUUAUUUUUUUAAUUUCUAAAUAUAAACACAUUUCAUCACUCAGCGCGAUAAGGAAACACCGAUUAAAUUCGAGUAUCACAUCAAAACGAGCAAAGUCAUUUCAUAGUUAACAAUGCCGCCUAAUACAGAUGGUCCUAAAUCAUCGUUAGGGUUUAAAUACCCUUCAUUAAGAGAUUGCCACUUAAAAACGUGUGAUAAUUGGUUAGAAGGGAAACGAAUCGAUGAUAACAUAAACGGUUUAUGGAGAAUCCACGAUAAAUUGUACGAUUUUAGUGAUUUUAUCAACUUACAUCCGGGUGGGAAAGAUUGGUUAAUCCUAACUAAGGGUACCGAUAUCACCGAAGCCUUUGAAUGUCACCAUUUAAAUGGAAAAGCUGAAAAUCUGCUUGGAAAGUACCUAAAAAAAUCGGCUAAUUUCCCGAGGCAAUCGCCGUUUACGUUUCAAGAAAACGGUUUUUAUAGAACAUUAAAAAAGCGGGUUCAAAAUGAAAUCAAAAAUAUCCCUGAAUCUUAUUCGCACAAAUCGAAAAUGAUUAUCGAUACGAUUUUUGUUAUCUUUAUGAUUACCUCGUUAUUGGCGAAUUCGCAAAAAUCUUAUUUUUUUGGGAUUAUAGCUGGGGUUAGUUUGAAUUUCCUCGCGAUUGCCGCGCAUAAUUUUUUCCACCAAAAAGAUAACUUUAGGAUGUAUUAUUUUGAUUUAACGUUGAUGUCUUCGCGUGAUUGGCGGGUUAGCCACGCUUUGAGUCAUCAUCUUUUUCCUAAUACAAUCAACGAUUUGGAGAUAUCCGCUUUAGAACCGUUUUUGCAAUAUUUGCCACAUCAAAAAAAUUUCGUUGCUAGAUAUUUAUCUUGGAUUUAUUCCCCGAUUUUUUAUACGGUUGUUUUUACAGCUUCUUCUAUAAGAAUGAUCGUCCAAUUAAUUAAAUAUAAAAAAUUACCAAGAAAAGAAAAUUUUCUUCCAAUUCUUUAUUUCUUUUUAAUUUAUUUUGGUUCAAACGUUACUUUUAUGGAAACCUUAAAAACAUUCUUUUUCAUUCAAAGCGUUGCGAGUUUAUUUUUCGGAAUUAUCGGAAUAAACGCGGCGCAUCAUCACCCAGAUAUUUUCCAUGACGGCGAUGCAUCAAGGUCACAAACAAAUUUAGAUUGGGGAAUCCAUCAAUUAGACGCUGUGAUGGAUCGAAAGGAAAUUUUAGGGUCGCAUUUUUGGGUUUUAUUGUCUUUUGGCGAUCAUGGAUUACACCAUCUUUUCCCUACUAUUGAUCAUGGAAAGCUCGGAAAAUUAUAUCCGAUUUUACAAAAGACUUGUAAAGAAUUCGGGGUCGAGUUGAAAUUAAAUACUAUCUGGGGAUUAACUUUCGGACAGUUUAAACAAUUAUCGAGAAUAGAACCGAAUCGGAAACCACUUAAAACAAUUUUGUAAUUUAUAUAAAAACUGGUUUGUGUAAAAAGAAAUAAAUUAUCUAUUUUUUUUAUUAA